CCCCCUCGCCAGGACCCCGGGGCUUUGCAGCUGGGGCCGCUCCUGCUGCCCUUGGAUUAAAAAUAGCAUCUUCCCCGCUCCUCCCCCGGGCCCGGCUCAGGCCGCCUCUCUGUGCCCCGGGCCCGGCUGCGCUCGCUCUGCCUUCCCCUCGCUCGCGGUGCGGCCGGCCGGGGAGCAUGCAGCGGGCCGCGCUGUUCGGGAGCGGCAGGGAUGCGCAGAUGGCUGCGGGGGACCUGGGGGAGCUGCUGGUCCCCUACAUGCCCACGAUCCGCGUGCCCAAGUCAGGGGACCGGGUCUACAAGACGGAAUGUGCCUUCUCCUACGAGUCCCCGGAUUCAGAAGGAGGUCUCUAUGUGUGCAUGAACACGUUUCUGGGAUUUGGAAGGGAACACGUUGAAAGGCACUAUCGAAAAACAGGACAGUGUGUAUAUAUGCAUCUGAAACGACAUGUGAUAGAGAAGGUACCAGGCGCAUCUGGUGGAGCUUUACCAAAAAGGAGGAACGCAAUGCUAUUUUUAGAUCUAGAAACAAAUGGUGAUUUAAACAAUGAUGAUUUUGAGUAUGAAGAUGAAGCCAAACUCGUUAUAUUUCCAGAUCACUAUGAAAUUCCAUUACCAAAUAUAGAGGAGUUGCCAGCACUGGUAACAAUAGCUUGUGACGCAGUCCUCAGUUCAAAAUCUCCCUACCGAAAGCAGGACCCGGACUCGUGGGAAGAAGAGCUACAAGUAUCCAAACACGCCAAAACCCUUGUACAGAUGGACAACGGUGUUAGGAUUCCCCCCAGUGGCUGGAAGUGCUCGAAGUGUGACCUGCGGGAGAACCUCUGGCUGAACCUGACGGAUGGCUCGGUGCUGUGCGGGAAAUGGUUCUUCGAUGGCAGUGGGGGAAACGGACAUGCACUGGAACACUACAAAGAGAUGGGCUAUCCCUUAGCAGUGAAGCUGGGAACCAUCACUCCCGAUGGUGCAGAUGUCUAUUCUUUUGAUGAAGAGGAGGCAGUUUUAGAUCCACAUAUAGCAAAACACUUGGCGCACUUUGGGAUUGAUAUGCUCCAGAUGCAUGUGACAGAGAACGGCCUAAGAGAUAACAACAUAAAACCAAGAGUCUCUGAGUGGGAAGUGAUUCAGGAAUCUGGUGUGAAGCUAAAGCCCAUGUAUGGCCCAGGAUACACUGGCAUGAAGAACUUGGGAAAUAGCUGCUACCUCAGUGCUGUCCUGCAGGCCAUUUUCAGCAUCCCAGAGUUUCAGCGAGCGUAUGUGGGAAACCUUCCGAGAAUAUUCGACUAUUCCCCUCUAGAUCCAACACAAGAUUUCAACACGCAGAUGGCUAAAUUAGGACACGGCCUCCUUUCGGGCCAGUACUCUAAACCACCAAUGAAAUCUGAGCUUAUUGAACAGGUGAUGAAGGAAGAACACAAGCCUCAACACAAUGGAAUUUCUCCUCGAAUGUUUAAGGCCUUUGUAAGCAAAGGGCACCCAGAAUUCUCCUCCAAUAGACAGCAAGAUGCACAGGAGUUUUUCCUGCACCUUAUAAACCUAGUAGAGAGAAACCGCAUUGGCUCAGAAAACCCAAGUGAUGUUUUCCGGUUCCUAGUGGAAGAACGCACACAGUGCUGCCAGUCUAGGAAAGUCCGAUACACAGAAAGGGUAGACUAUCUCAUGCAGUUACCUGUGGCCAUGGAGGCAGCAACAAACAAAGAUGAAUUAAUUGCCUACGAACUGAAGAGGAGAGAAGCAGAAGCUGCUAGGAGACCUCUGCCAGAGCUCAUCCGUGCCAAGAUCCCAUUUAGUGCGUGUCUGCAGGCCUUUUCUGAACCAGAAAACGUAGACGACUUCUGGAGCAGUGCCCUUCAAGCAAAAUCUGCAGGAGUUAAAACAUCUCGCUUUUCUUCAUUUCCUGAGUACCUGGUAGUGCAGAUAAAGAAGUUCACCUUUGGCCUUGACUGGAUACCCCAAAAGCUUGAUGUUUCCGUAGACAUGCCAGACCUACUAGACAUCAAUCACCUCCGUGCCACGGGACUACAACCAGGAGAAGAGGAACUUCCCGACAUUGCUCCACCCAUUAUCAUUCCUGAUGACCCCAAAGAUCGCAUGAUGAACCAUUUCAUGGAGCCUCCGGAUAUUGAUGAAUCUUCCGUGAUGCAGCUAGCAGAGAUGGGUUUCCCCUUGGAAGCCUGUCGGAAAGCUGUAUACUAUACAGGAAACAUGGGUGCUGAAGUGGCUUUCAACUGGAUCAUUGCACACAUGGAAGAACCGGAUUUUGCAGAGCCAUUAGCUAUACCUGGCUAUGGGGGAGUUGCUUCUGCCGGAGCAGCUGGUCUAGGGGCUAUUGGGUUAGAUAACCAGCCUCCAGAAGAGAUGGUAGCUCUCAUCACCUCCAUGGGAUUCCAGAGGAAUGUAGCUAUUCAAGCACUCAAAGCAACAAAUAAUAAUUUGGAGCAUGCACUGGACUGGAUCUUCAGCCACCCUGAGCCCGAAGAGGAAAGCGAGUCUGCUUCAGAUGUGAUGGAUAUGGAAAAUAAUGCUAAUGCCAACAUCCUGGCAGAAGCAGGUUCAGAGGGACCCAGGAUCAAAGAUGGGUCUGGAAGGUAUGAGCUCUUUGGAUUCAUCAGCCACAUGGGAACAUCCACAAUGAGUGGCCACUAUGUUUCCCACCUCAAAAAGGAAGGAAGAUGGGUGAUCUACAACGACCUUAAAGUCUGUGCCUCAGAACGACCUCCCAGAGACCUGGGCUAUAUUUACUUCUACCGUAGGAUACCAAGUUAGGCCUCAAAUACGUUAUUUGGCCUUAAGAAGCCAUAAGCCUUUUUAAUCUGCCAAAAAAAAAAAAGAGUAUAAAAAAUUAAAACAAAAAAACCUUGGACUGCCAAAAAAGCAAAGGAAAACAUGGGAUAUUUAUAGUUUAUUUAAAAACACAGUCAUUUGAUGCCUUCUUAAGUGUUAGCAGGGAAAUUUCUAUUAGGUGGUGAUGUACUGCAGGAUAUUUUAAAUUGAUAUACAUUAAAGGAUACCUUAAAACUGUGCAGAUUACUAAUGGAGUUUGCAAAUAGCUCAUGGAGAAUAUGCAUUUGUUUCAUAACUACACUACAACCCAAUUACUGCCCUGUGGUUCAGCUAUGUUCUCGGAAGACCUUUGGGGAACGUAUAGUUCUACAAUAGUAGCUGCCCACUGCUUCCAACUGGAGAGUCCACACUGGUUCUGGAUGUCACAAAUUUGCCUGUGCUUCAUGUAUAAUUGAAGGGGGAGAAGCUGUUUUCCAUCACAGAAUAUGCCUCAGUCACGAUAUUAUUUUCAGUACAAUAAGGAAUUACUUAUAUAGCUAUGUAUAUUAAAAUGUAGUGAUACAGAAUGUUUUGUUUUGCCUCCUUGAUGCUUGAAAUCGAAACACACCAAUGCAAAAUUUGGAAGCUGUUAAUCCCUUGUCAGUGCCCUAUGCAUUAUGCCAAAUAGAAAUGGUGGGUUUUAUUUUAUGUAUUUAAUGUGCAUUUUUUUAAACAUUUCUUGAAAUCCUGUUAUGUUUUUUAAAUUAUCCCAAGAGAUUCAGGAUUGCAAGUGGCUGAAGGAAACAGAUAUGCUGAUUUGAUAAGUAACUCUACCACUCAGGAAUAACAACCACCAUUUUCCUCCAAAGGCAUUAAAAAAAGAGGAGCAAUGUCCCUUUAAUUGUUGCAAAGAAUUUUGUGCCCAGACCAGCUGAAACCGGCUCCAUGACAAAGUGCUUGCAGUACAAAUCUGCUUUUUUUGCCAAAGGUUGUUUAAUUAUUUAAGUUUCUUCAAUGGAUGGAGGAAAUUGCUUGGUAAAAUUGCUGAUUUAUUGAUUUUUUUUUUUUAAAUUCAUAACGUAUCAACUUUCUAGAAACUUGCAAACACACUGAUAAUCUGAUCUGCACAAUGCACCCCUUAUACAUGGGCUUCUGGGGUUUUUUGGCCUCUUGUUGUCCCAUUUUCCCCCCAUAUUGUUUCCUUAUUUCAAUUUGAGUCAUAAACGAGAAGGGGCCUGCGAGUGGGGGGUGGGGUGUUAAUUUGUAGUUGUUGAAUAGUUCUGUUUUUAAAAAAAUUACAAUGGUGAAUGUGUAAUCUUUUUUGUUUCCCAAAAAAAAAAAAAAUUCACAGUACGUUGGCUUCUGCUGAGAGACGGUUGGUAAAAUUGCCUCUUAUAAUAUUACUGAUCCCUCAAAAUAAGUUGGAACUGUCAAAAGAAUCCAUGCAGAGUGCAGGAGAGGCAGGGAGUUGUAAUUAUGUCAUUCUGGUUACAACUAGGGCUUUUUAAAAAUGUCUGACUAAAAACUGUUCCCGUAGUGUAACAAAGCCUGGUAUAGAUCACUAAGCAUGGUAAUACAGGCCUAGUUUUCCUGAUCAGUAUUUGAUCUGAAAAGUGGUACUAGAUGUAGAGAGAAAUUCUAGUCCAAUAAUUCUGUAGUAGUCUAUGUGAUGUGUAAUCACUGGGAAAGCUUCCUCUAUUUAACACCCUUCCAGGAACACUAGAAUGGUGGUGUUUCACCUUAGAAAGUGGCUCCCAUAAGAUUCAUCUGCCUUGUCAUUCUUAAAUAGUUUAUUGUAGACAAAAUAAAAAUUGCCAGCAAAUCUACUUGUUCCUACUGUAUUUUGGCUGUUUGUGUCUUUCACUAGCAGGUGCCUAUUCUGAAAAUUGAAUCAGGAAAGUAUGCAGUGGCACAUCCUGUAUUUAAAGUGAAGGAGCUGAACUUUCAGAUAGUUCUUAUUUUUGCUUUUGGCAGUAAAAAAGGAAAAGAUAAUUUUCUUGCCCAGUUAUAUUUCAAAGAAGUGCAACAACAGCUUUCUCCUCUGCCUCAUGAACUUAAAGGGCUAUUUAUAAACUGGAAAGGUCUGAUAUGCAUAACCUUUUUAUUUAGAGACCUUGGCUAAGUUACAGAUCAUGGGGUCUUUGCCAUGCUCAUUGUUAAACUGGAAACAUGGCAAAGCUUCUAGGAAUAAAGACGGAGUAUGAACUCUCACAAACCAUUUACUUGUAUAUAGAGACAUCUAAAACUGGAACGACCAUGUGUGUGUGUGUGAUAUUAAUAUUAUAUAUUUAACAUCAGGCACACUUAAAAAUCUAGCAGGUGAGAAGCUGGAAAGUGAUAGUUAAAAGAAAAAAAUUAGCUGGCUGUAAUAGGUGCAUUUUUAGUGUCUGCAUUUCUGAAAUCCUUUUAGUGCAAGUAUUGUUCAGCCCUUUGUGCUGCGUAAGCUACAAGUGGGCAAACCUGCAGGGUGCAAUAUAGGGGAAAGGCUGAAUGAUCUUUCAUGAAAAUAUAGCAUUUGAAAAUACCUUGAAGUUUUCCAGCUGUUUGUGCAUUUUGUCCCCUCAUCACUGUUUUCGCCUUCAAAUAUUCAAUGUACUGUAAAUUCUUUUUCUUCUCUCUUUUUUCUUCAAAGAUAUGACUAAAGGUGAACAAUGACAUUGGUACAUUAGGAUGCAAUCACCCGACUCUAGAACCUAGAGGGAGAGGUACACCUGUUUGAUCCAUUUAAGUCCUGAUUUAGCAAAGCACUUAAGCGCAUGCUCAGUUUCAAGAAGGGAGGUAAUCCUAUUGAUGUCAAUACGACUACUCCCUAUGCUUAAGUACCUUGCUGGAUCAGGUCAAUAGGGAGUGACUUGAGCAAUGGGUGAUGGGAGGACUUGUGGUUCAGCUUGAUUCCAGUAACUGUUUCAAGUUAUUUUUUUUUAUUUGUGUUGUGAACUUCUUGGGAGUAAAGGUUGAGAAAAAGAAUCACUUUGGCCCAGAUCCUCAAAGGUUUUUGAGCUCCUAAUUCCCGUUGAUAUCAAUGGGAUUAAGGUCACUAAAUGCCUUUGAUGAUCUGGGUCUUUGAACCUAAAAAAGCAAGUUAUUGAAUCAGUUGAAUACCAUGAAUAAAGAGGCACAAAGCAAACAGCUGUUUUAUUGUUAGAGUUGGUUAUAAAUUUCUGAAUUAUGAAACUUUUGGGAGGAAGGGAAAAUGUUUGACAAUUCCCCAUCCCCCCCCCCUUUUUAAAAUCCUGCUUUAUUUCUGAUGGACUCUAGAACCCAUUAUGAUUCACGGUGUCCUGUCUUCAAAGCAGAAGUAGAAUGUGAUUCUUAAAAUCCUUUUAUCUUGUUGAUUAAAAUGUAAUUAGGAUAUAAUCUUAAUUAAAAAAUAAUAAAGCCUUCCGACAGUCUGGGAGUCUUUGGACCUGAUUCUCCUUUCCCUUUUAUCAGUUCCACACUGGAGUACCUCUGCUGAGUUAUUCCUGAUUUACACUGGUGUAAAUGAAAUCUGAAGCAGGCCCUGUCUCUUAGGAACUUUCAGCCUCAUGGAGGUGCAGUAAAACUUGUGACAUGGAUGCAUUAGGUCUUCAUUGUAGCUUUUAGAGACAGACCUCCAGCUAAUAUCUUUGUUUUCCAUCCCAGUGGCAGUCACCUCUGUUUUCUCUGCUAUCUGACUUCAGAUGCAUUGAACGACUAUGCAAAACAUGUUGUAACUGGAAAUGCCUUCUUAUUCCCCUCCCAUUCCCGCCGCCCCCCCCAUUAACGGAUCAGAUCAAUUUCUGAUUCCUGCCACAUCUUUUGAGGUUUUCUGUUGUGUCCUGGAAGUGUUUGUAAUAGUUUAUUUUGCACCAUUCGGCAUUGUUUGCUUGAAGCACUGGUAACAUUUUGGAGAGUAUUUGUUUGAGAUGGGAAGGGAUAUGAAUGAUAUAUUGUUGCAAUUGUUUUAAAUUAAAAAAUAUUCUCACA